CUAUCACGUGAUGAGGCCGCGUCAACCCCAGCCUUGCAACUUUCGCGUGCAUACUUAGUUCACACAGAAGGCCAGAAUAUUAGAACGGGAGCAUAGGAGCAAUUUAUGGGGCUUAAAUUUUAAGGGCAUUACCACCGGAAUGCCGCCAAACACACGAAGUAGGUCCCGGAUAUUCGGCUUCUUUAGCCUCCCAAAAGAAAUCCGACUCAUGAUCUACGAACACCUUCCUGAAUCCAUCAUCCAUCAAUUCGUAUCCGAGAAUUGCAUAAUUGAAGUCUCAGACAAAGUCUGCCCACCUGCCAUCCUCCGCACAUGUCGACUCAUCCACGCAGAAGCUAAGGGCCUCAUCUUCAACCUCCUGCACCACAACGGCGCAAGAAUUUGCAUUACGUUCACCGGCCUGGACAUCGACAAUCUCUUCCUCCUCUGCGACAAGCUGCAACCAAGUCGGCCCAAGGAACGAAAGCAUUUCCAGCAAGGUCGUAAUCUACCACCCUUGCACUCCUCCAACGCACCCUUCGAUUUCCAACUUUUCGAACUGCGGAGUUUCAUGCGCACGCCUAAAGAUCACGAGGUCCACGUCAACUGGUUUCCAUGCAAUCGGGCUAACUUAUCUGAGAGAAGGUAUCUAGUGAGAUUUAUCAAGGACUUGGGGAAGUUGUAUUGUGUGCUGUGGAAUUAUGCGUAUACGGCUAGUGUCUGGGAUACUGAAGCUGAAGCUUUCAUCCCACUUUUGGAUUUCCUCCAGCAGCCUAUUGUAGGUUGUAGUCGUGAGUUUCAGGCGCAUUUGAGGGCAGAUGGGUUUGUGACGUGGAAGGACAUUUUUAUGAGACCGCGUGGGCGGAGUGCGACGAGCACGUGGUUGCGUCUUAUGUGAAAAGGGGAGACAGGUAUUUGGAGGAGGAUUGAUAUGUUCGCAUUAAG